AUGAUGCACGCACGAUAUGGACUUACAGUUUCUAAUUCGUUUUUCUCAGUUGGCCGCCAGUGUGUCGUCCAAGCGGUUUCAACGAGGGUUUCCGUAAUAAAUAUGAUUAGAUGGCAUAACUCUAGCUGCUGUGGUUCAAGAACAUACAUAGCGGAUGUUUCAGAUUCAAUUACAAGACUUUUGAAGAACUAUAUUUAUGAUAUAUAUAACAACUUACAGGUGGAAGAUUUGCAGGACGCUUUCUACCGAAUUCAUUGUGUUGAUUCUUCUUAUGAGGAAAGCCGGACAAGAGGACGUCAGUUAACAAACUAGGCAUACUUGUUGUUAUCACGACGUAGUUUUUGCAUCGUCAUAGAGACAAGGUCAUUCAGGAACAACACCCAGUGCCGCUGCAGAGAAUGAUGGAGAUGAAGAGGCAUUGAUUACAGCAGUCCUAAUGCGUUUGCAUGGGACCGGAAAACCAAGAUAAUGUUCUUGCAUUUAUGGACCAUGUCUGUAACAAAAUUAUUUCGUGUCCUACGCGGAACUUCCCGCUUAAAGAACAAGCAUGCUGGC